UGAGUCUGAAAAGCGGCGGCGGGGACGACGGGGGGCUGAACCUCGGCGCGAGCGGGCGGGCGGCGCCAUGGAGCUAACGGCCCCUCCGCGGCCCUGGGCCUUCUUCUCGCUGGCGGCCGCGGCGCUGCUGCUGCCGGGGGCGGCGGGUAUGUCAUGUUGUAAUCAUGCAAAGGAUAACUUAAUGUGCCGUGAUGUUUGUGAACAGAUUUUAUCCUCUAAAAGUGAUUCCCGUUUGAAACAUUUGCUGCAGCGGGCACCAGAAUAUUGCCCAGAGUCAAUGGGAGAAGUUUGGGGUUGUAUAAAUUCUUCUUUGCCAGGUGUUUUGAAAAAGUCUGAUGGUUGGGUUGGCUUAGGUUGCUGUGAACUAGCUAUUGUUGUGGAAUGUCGACAAGCAUGUAAACAGGCUUCUUCAAAAAAUGACAUUUUGAAAGUUUGCAGAAAAGAAUAUGAGAAUGCUCUUUUUAGUUGCAUUAACAGAAAUGAGAUGGGAUCAGUUUGUUGCAGUUAUGCAGGACAUCAUACAAACUGCCGGGAAUAUUGUCAAGCAAUUUUUCGGACAGACUCUUCUCCUGGUCCUUCACAAAUAAAAGCAGUUGAAAGUUACUGUGCCUCUAUUAGCCCUCAGUUAAUACACUGCGUGAACAACUACACACAGUCAUAUCCAAUGAGAAACCCUACAGAUAGUUUGUAUUGCUGUGACAGAGCAGAAGAUUAUACCUGCCAAAGUGCUUGUAAAAAGAUUCUGAUGUCAAAGAAAACAGAACUUGAAAUUGUUGAUGGACUUAUAGAAGGAUGUAAAACAAUGCCUCUGCCUCAAGAUCCACUUUGGCAGUGUUUUCUUGAGAGUUCAAGGUCUGUUCACCCUGGCGUCACUGUGCAUCCUCCUCCUUCAACAGGCCUUGAUGGGGCUAAAUUGCAUUGCUGUUCUAAAGCAAACACGUCCACAUGUAGGGAGUUGUGCACUAAACUUUAUAGCACAAGCUGGGGCAAUACACAGAGUUGGCAAGAAUUUGAUCGCAUUUGUGAGUACAGCCCAGUUGAAGUUUCCAUGUUGACCUGUUUAGCAGAUGUACGCGAACCUUGUCAGCUGGGCUGUAGAAAUCUCACUUACUGCACUAAUUUUAAUAACAGACCAACAGAACUUUUUAGAAGCUGCAAUGCUCAGUCAGACCAAGGAGCCAUGAAUGACAUGAAGCUUUGGGAGAAAGGAAGUAUUAAGAUGCCAUUUAUAAACAUUCCUGUUCUUGACAUUAAAAAAUGCCAACCAGAAACAUGGAAGGCAAUUGCUUGCUCACUGCAGAUUAAACCUUGUCACAGUAAAUCUAGAGGAAGUAUUAUCUGCAAAUCAGAUUGUGUGGAAAUUCUGAAGAAAUGUGGAGACCAAAAUAAAUUUCCUGAGGGCCACACAGCUGAAAGCAUUUGUGAACUUCUGUCUCCAACAGAUGACUUUGAGAACUGUAUCCCUUUGGAUACAUACCUUAGCCCGAGUUCUUUAGGUAACAUUGUGGAGGAGGUUACACAUCCAUGUAAUCCAAAUCCUUGUGCUGCCAAUCAGUUGUGUGAGGUAAAUAGAAAAGGAUGUCAGUCUGGAGAACCCUGUCUUCCCUAUUUUUGUGUUCAAGCCCUUCUGCAAAUCAGUGGAACCAGUAUGUGGACAUAAUGGUGAAACCUACAAUAAUGUGUGUGCUGCCUAUUCUGACCGUGUGGCUGUGGACUACUAUGGACAUUGUCAAGCUGUAGGAGUUGUCUCAGACUAUAGUUUACAAACAGAAUGCACCUCUGUUAAAUGUCCUCAUCUUUCUGCAACUGGAUGCAAACCAGUUGUUGCACCAGGAGCCUGCUGCCCACUGUGUGCUGGAAUGCUGAGAGUCUUAUACGAUAAAGACAAGCUGGACACUUUUGCUAAGGUAACCAAUAAAAAGCCAAUAACUGUACUUGAAGUACUUCAAAAAAUCCGUCUACAUGUUUCAGUGCCACAAUGUGACGUGUUCGGAUACUUAAGCAUAGAAUCUGAAAUUGUGAUUCUCAUCAUACCCGUUGAUCAAAACCCCAAACCAUUGCAGAUUGAAGCCUGCAAUAAAGAAGCAGAAAAGAUAGAGUCGCUGAUAAAUUCUGACAGCCCAACUUUAGCAUCCCAUGUGCCAUUAUCCGCACUGAUCACAUCCCAAGUGCAAGUUUCCUGUAGUAUAUCUUCUUCCUCUAUUAAAGCUGUGCCUGUAUUGCAGACCCUGCUCUUGAGCCUUAUAUUGACCUUGCAAGCAUCAAUCAACAAUACAUAACUGCUUAGAAAAUGUGCAAAAUAAAUAUCCUAUUGUAUUUUUUCUAUAUUGCGAAGGACAUUCAGAACUGCUGAUCUAUUAAUAGAGCAAAAUAUAUUUUAACCAGAAAGAAAAAUAUAUAUCAGUUUGGUUCAACAAAAUUCCAGAAAAAGGUUUUAAUAUACUACAUUUUUCAUUAAAAAUGAAUUUUAAAAUAUUUGAAAUAAUCCAAAAGAAAACUCUAUUAAUCACUAAAAUCACUAGUCAAAAGAUUUUUCAAACACAAAUCAUUUUCUUUAUGCACACAUACCUUAAAAAUAUUGUACAAAUCUUUAAACUUGUGAUUCUGUGAAAAGGAAGUUGUUGUUACACAAAAAUUUUCAGCAGUGAACAAACAUAUUGUGAUUUUUGAAAAGUGUUUUUUUUUUUUGUUAUUCAGAUGUAUAUCAUUGAGAAUUAUGACAAGUAUGCACCUAUUUUAAACAUCAAUUUUUGGAAGAAACAAAAAUUGCUGCUACUUAAAUAAUUUACCAAAAAACGAAUUGAGUAUUUUUUUGUGUGAAUAUAUUAUCUUGUAUUUUAUUAUGAAGAAAGCUAAAUAGCCAUGGGCCUAUCCCAGCAAACUUACACAUUUGAGUAGCUUUACUCACCUGCUUAAGUACUUGCAGGAUAUUGGGCCCCAUGUUUGUAAAAUGACAAUCAUUUUCUAAGCCAGAACCUUAUUUACGUUAAGAAAUGGAGAAAUGUAUUCAUUUCUACAGUUCUGUACAUUGCAAAUACCAUGUAUUCUAUCUGAUUUUUUUUAUUGGAUGCAAAAUUAUAAAGCCUCUAUUUAUAAGUGCCAUUUUAAAUAUUGCAGUAUUUGCAUGUUAUCUAAUGAAAUUUACACUUUAAAUAUGUUGAUUUUAUACAAACAAUACAUUAAAAGUUAUUGUGUUUUAUGCACAUUAACUUAAUCUACAUGAAGUGUUUUGUAUCAGUAUUAUAAUAGCCAACUUUUGAAGUUUAUACAGAAAAACUUUUUUGCCAAAAUAUUGAACUUUAAAAGAAGGCACUGAAAACUUUUUGAACCUUUUGUAUGUUACUGUAGCAUGUUUGUAGCAAUUAUUUUCUGUUAAAAAAUAUUUUCAGUGCAAAUGUAUCAAAGCUUUUUUUAUUUUAAUAAAAAGAAUGUUUAUUUUCUCAUGUAUACUUAAAAAUAUAUAUGCAAUUUUAUAAAAUCCUCCACAUA